AUGGAUCCGGCGUACGUGCAGGAGCUGCAUGCGCUACUGCAACAGGCCAAUGUGCCGGAUACUGCGGUCGUUAAGGCGGCGACCGAGGCGCUUCAGACGCGCUACUUGAAGAACUCGAAAGCGUUGCCAGCUCUCUUUGAGAUCGUGGCCACCUCGCCGGAGCUGGCUGUGCGUCAGCUUGCGGCUGUGGAGUUGCGCAAGAAGCUCUCGAAGAGCACGAAGGUGUGGACGAAGCAGCCUGCCGAGCUGCGUGACGGUAUGAAGGCCAAGCUCUUGGAGCUGAUCGGCCAAGAGCCAACGGCUGCGAUGCGAAAUGCGAUGGCGCGUGUGAUUGCUGAGAUUGCACGCAAGGAGCUUCCGCACAAUGCCUGGCCCGCCCUUCUUCCGUGGCUGUACGACUCUGCGUCGUCGUCGCAAGCGACACAGCGUCAAACUGCGAUGCUUGUGCUGUUUAUUGUCCUUGAGACAUUUGUCGACACGGAGGCGCUCAAGUCUGAGCUCCCUCGCAUCAUGCAGCUCUUUGCCAAGGGUCUGCAGGAUCCUGAGAGUCUUGAAGUGCGUAUCACGACAGUGCGUGCUCUGAGCAAAGUGGCGGAGAACCUUGACAUGGACGACCACGCGGAUCUGGCUGCGAUGCAGAGCGCUGUGCCGCAGAUGGUCGAGGUGCUCCAGCAGUGCCUGGAUGCAUCGCACAACGAGGGUGUGCGCCAGAUUCUCGACGUGUUUGAGAACUUGUGCAUGCUCGAAGCGCCUGUCCUCUCGACACACCUCGCCGAUCUCAUUGGUGUGUUUGUACGCAACAGUGCGAACCGCGACCAUGAAGAAGAUUUGCGGCUGAUGUGCCUCAACUCGCUCGUGUGGACGAUCCAGUACAAGCGCUCGCGUGUGCAGAGUCUCGGCCUGGCCAAGCCAUUGCUCGAGCAGCUCAUGCCGAUUGCUACAGAGGAGGAGUCGGACGAUGUCGAGGAGGACACGCCAGCGCGUCUUGCUCUGCGUGUGAUUGAUCAGCUGGCGACCGAACUGCCGCCGAGCCACGUGUUCCCCCCGCUGCUGACGCUUGUCCAGACGUAUGCCCAGAAUGCGGAUCCGAUGCACCGCAAGGCGGCGAUGAUGGCGUUUGGUGUGAGUGUGGAAGGCUGCUCGGAGUACAUUCGUCCGCAUAUGGACGAGCUGUGGCCGUUUGUGGAGAACGGUAUGAAGGAUCCGGAGGCCGUGGUGCGCAAGGCGUCGUGCAUUACGCUUGGCUGCCUGUGUGAGAUGCUUGAUGAGGAGUGUGCGGCGAAGCACAGCGUAUUCCUUCCUCUGAUUAUGGAACUGAUCAAUGCGCCUGAGACGCAGCGUGCAGCGUGCACAGCCCUCGAUGCGCUUCUCGAAGUCAUGGGCGACGAGAUCGGACAGUACCUGCCUGCGAUUAUGGAGCGUCUUACGGGUCUGCUGGAAACGGCGCCUGUGGCUGUCAAGGCGACGAUUACGGGUGCGAUUGGCAGUGCGGCGCAUGCGGCCAAGGAUGGCUUUGUGCCGUACUUUGCGCCGCUGAUGCAGCGUGUGCAGCCGUUCCUCUCGCUUACGGAGGAGGGCGAGGAAAUGGAUCUGCGUGGUAUUGCUACCGACACGAUCGGUACGUUUGCCGAGGCGGUCGGGGCCGAGCUGUUCCGCCCGUACCUGCCUGAUAUGAUGCGCAUCACGGUCGAGAGCUUGGCGAUGGACCAGCCGCGUAUCCGUGAGUGUGCGUUCAUCUUUUUCGCGGUGAUGUCGCGUGUGUUCAAGGGCGAGUUUGGGCCGUACCUGGAGCAUGUUGUGCCAAAGAUGCUUGCGAGCUUUGAGCAGUCGGAGCACGAUCCUGUGCCGGGUGCGCCUGGUGACGGCACGAUCGGCGGCUUUACCGUGCCUGAGGGCGAGGAUGAGGAGGAGGAUGGAUUUGUGGAUAUGGAAGAACUGGCCAACUCGUUCCUCAACGUGUCUACCGCGGUGGCCAUCGAGAAGGAGGUCGCGGCGGACUCGCUGGGCGAACUGUUCCAGCACACGCGCUCGGCGUUCUUGCCGUACGUCGAGAGGGCGACGGAGGAGCUGAUUCCGCUCACGUCGCACUUUUACCAGGGCAUCCGUAAGAGUGCGAUUGCGACGCUCUUCACAUUUAUCAACACGCUGUAUGAGCUGAGCCAGUCGCCGGCCUGGCAGCCUGGCGCGCAUAUCAAGGUGCCAUUGAGCCCGGAGGUGCAGAAGAUUGUCGAGCUGGUCAUUCCGAACAUUAUGGAGGCCUGGGAAGCAGAGGACGAUCGUACAGCUGCGAUUGAGAUCUGCCAGUCGCUGGCUACGUGUCUGAACAAGUGUGGCCCUGCGAUUAUUGCGCCCGACUGGCUCGAGGCGACGUGUAUGUACACGCACCAGAUCCUCGAGAAGAAGUCGCUAGCGCAGGUCGACCCUGAGGCCGAGGCUGAGGAUGCGCAGGAGACCGAGGACUCGAGCGAGUACGAGUCGGUGCUCAUUAGCGCGGCUACCGACCUGGUCGGCGCGAUGGCGAACGUGUUUGGCGCCGACUUUGUGAGCCCCCUGCACCAGUUCCUCCCGCUGCUGUGCAAGUACUACAGCCCUGGCCGCUCACAGAGCGACCGCGCAACGGCUAUCGGCUCGCUGGGCGAGGUCGUGGUCGGUAUGAAGCAGGCCAUUACGCCGUUCACGCAGGAUAUUCUCACGGUGCUCUCGCACUCGAUCACCGACGAGGAGGCGUCGGUGCGCUCCAACUCGGCCUUCGCUGCGGGCGUGCUGAUUGAGAACAGCGAGGCAGACUUGUCGCCCCACUACGCGUCGCUGCUCACCGCGCUCCAGCCGUACUUUGCGAAGUCGGCGGAGGAGUCGGACGAUCUCAAGACGGCGCGCGACAAUGCAUGCGGCUGCUUGGCGCGUAUGAUUAUGAAGAACCCGGACGCGGUGCCGCUCGACCAGGCGCUGCCGAUCCUCUUCUCGUCGCUGCCGCUGGAGAACGACCAUGCAGAAUGGACGCCAGUGCUUUUGUGCUUGAUCCAGCUUGUGCAGGCGAACAAUGCCGUGGGUGUGCAGCAUCUCGACACGAUCCUGCAGCUCUUUGCGCACGUGCUGGGCAGCGACGAGGAUGUGCUGGGCGGCCAGUUGCGUGGCCAAGUGGUGGCGUUCGUCUCGCAGCUGAACACCCAGGCGCCAGAGAAGGUGCAGGCGGCCGGUCUUCAAUCGUACUUGGUGUAA